UUUCCUACGGGCGGGCCGGCGCGGGCCCCGGGGGCAGAAGCUGCGCUGCGCUCGGCCGGCCGGCAGCAUGCGGCCCCUGCUCUGCGCGCUGGCCGGGCUCGCCCUGCUCCGCGCCGCCGCUGCUGAGCCCUUUGUGCCCUCCCGUGGAGACCCGGCCUGGAACGCAGGGUGUGACAGACACAUGGCUGUCCACGACCGUUUAGACGUCAUAGAGGAGACGGUGGAGAAGACAGUGGAGCACCUGGAGGCAGAAGUGAAAGGCUUGCUGGCUCAGCUGGAGGAACUGGCCUGGAACCUUCCCCCCGGGCCCUGGGUCCCCGCCCCCGACCUCCUCGGAGAUGAUCGCUUUGGAGCCCUGGAGCCUGAGCUGCCCAGCACCUGGAAGUGACCCACUUGUGGGACAGCUCUCCUCCGAGGACACAGCCGUGCCUCCGGGCCUGCCUUCCUCAGCUUGGUGCAAAAUAAAAGCUGCUCCCCUGGCCCCCCGUGUCUGCUGGCAGUGACCCCUCUAGCCACAGCCCCUUCUCCAUCUACUCCCAGGCCCUGAGGCCCAGGUCCUCCUGUGGGCGCAGACGGGGAGACCUCAGGCGGCCUGUGGGGCUGCCCUCCCUAUUUAUGGGGGCAGACAGGGCGGGAGUGGGCUCAGAGCUGAGGCACCUGAGGCCCAGGUUAAGGUGACACAGCGCAAGGGCCCUCAGAGUAGCCUCCCCACUCAAAAUGUGGCCACAGAUGAGCAGCAGUAGCGUCACCUGGGAGCCUGGCAGGAAUCCAGAAUUUGGGGCCCAACCCAGAGAUCCCGCAUCAGAAUCUACAUUUCGGUGAGAUCCCCAGGGGAUAUGUGUGCAAAUUUGUGUGCAGUUUUUUAAAGUAUUCUAUUGAGGUAAAAUUCACACAACAUAAAUUUCAGAAUUUUAAUCAUUUUAAACUGCACAAAUUCAGCGGCUUCACAUAGUUGUACGCUAAUUCCAGAACAUUUCCAUCACCCCCCCAAAGAAACCCUGUACCUAUAAGCAGUCACUUCCCAUUCCCCUCCCACCACCCCUUGGAAACCACUAAUAUUUCUAUCUCUAUGGACUCGCCUAUUCUGGACAUUUCAUAUAAAUGGAAUCAUUCA